AUGCCGGGGAACGGAGCCACGGACACCUCCUGCUCUCCCACCACACCCGUGGCAGCCUUCCUGGGGGGCCCGGGUGAGGGGUCUCCAUGCACCCCUGGCCUCGGGUGGGCUGGCGAGGGGCCGGGGGCCAGCGGCAAGAACCGGCACGUGUGCCACGCCGCGGCACGGCUGGAGAUGGGCAGCCUCUGGGAGGAGUUCAACCGCCUGGGCACUGUGGGGUCCUGCGCCUUCCUGGGGGGCCCGGGUGAGGGGUCUCCAUGCACCCCUGGCCUCGGGUGGGCUGGCGAGGGGCCGGGGGCCAGCGGCAAGAACCGGCACGUGUGCCACGCCGCGGCACGGCUGGAGAUGGGCAGCCUCUGGGAGGAGUUCAACCGCCUGGGCACUGAGAUGAUCGUCACCAAGGCAGGCAGGAGGAUGUUCCCCACCUUUCAGGUGAAACUUUCGGGACUGGAUCCGUUGGCCGACUACGUCCUGCUCAUGGAUUUCAUCCCGCUGGAUGACAAGAGAUACAGAUACGCCUUCCACAGCUCAUCCUGGCUGGCGGCGGGCCGGGCCGAGCCGGCGGCUCCCGGCCGCGUCCAUUUCCACCCCGACUCCCCGGCCAAGGGUGCGCAGUGGAUGCGGCAGAUCGUGUCCUUCGACAAGCUCAAGCUGACCAACAACCUCCUGGACGACAACGGCCACAUCAUCCUCAACUCCAUGCACCGCUACCAGCCCCGCUUCCACGUCGUGUUUGUGGACCCGCGGCGCGACAGCGAGCGCUUCGCCCACCAGAACUUCAAGUCCUUCAGCUUCCCCGAGACCCAGUUCGUGGCAGUGACAGCCUACCAGAAUCACCGGAUCACCCAGCUGAAGAUCGCCAGCAACCCCUUUGCCAAGGGAUUUCGGGACGGCGACCCCGAGCCAUGGUAAGGCACGCCUGGACGUUACCCCCACACCACGGUGAGGAUGUCGGGCCACCUCGCUGAGCCCCCGCCCCACGUCUCUUGCAGGUGCGGGGUGCCGGCAGGGUCCCUGCUGGGGGCGAUGCCCCGUGCCCGGGCCACCCCGCUGCCCCCCCGCCCCGAGAAGCAGCAGAAAGGUAGGGGGGCUGCGGGGGGGGCUGAGCCCCUGCUGCUGCC